AUGUGCAGACACAAAACCAGAACCUUGGACUCUCAGGCCGAGGACCUGAGCUCUGGGGAUGACAAGAAGAAUGGCUUCAUGGACUUCUUCAAACAGCUCCCCCGGAAAGGAACACGCUCUCCCAAAGUCUCAGCCCGAGGCAAGAGCCUGCAGCGGGAGAAGGAGGGGGAGCUGGCCUCUCCUCAGACCUCGUCGGACGAAGACGACGUCGACAAGAAGAAGAAGAUGAGCACCAAAAAGAUCAAGCGGCAACUGUCUCGGUUCUUCAAGAAGAAACUGGACAAAGAGAAGGACAAGCAGAAGGACCCGCCCCCAGCGAGGCCCAGCACCCUCCCUCUCCCUCCCCUCCUCCCCCGAGCCCCAGAGAAACCCCCAAUCUCCCCCAUGUCGGAGCUGUAG